AUGGCUGCGCUGGACGGAGAGCAGUUUGCUGCGCUUCAGAUCUUGCUGAAAGCUUCAAAAAAAGAUGAAGUCCGGCACCUAUGCCAAGAGUGCUUUUUGAGUUCAGCCAGUGGUUCAGAGAAACUGAUUGAAGGUACCUGUUCCACUCUCUCAGUGGCACCAGAUGAAGCUAAGCAAUUGAUCUGUUCUUUGCACAACCUUUCAAGGCAUGUUGUGCAUCGGGGCCUGACCUCUCCAGAAGAAAUUCUCUCCCUUUUUCCAGAAGGCUUCCACCAGAACCUUAAAAACCUUCUGACCAAGAUAAUCCUGGAAAAUUUAUCUGCCUGGAGAAAUGAAGUACAGGCUAGUCAGAUUUCCCUACCCCGGCUGAUUGAUAUGGACUGGCGAGUGGACAUCAAGACUUCCUCAGACAGUGUCAGCAGAAUGGCUGUCCCCACCUGCCUGCUACAGCUGAAGAUUCAGGAAGAUGCUGCCUUAUGUGGGAAUGACCUCGCAACCUCUGCACUGACAAUAGAGCUGAAUAAACAAACAGUGGACACGAUGCUCGAUGGCCUGGGGAGGAUUCGUGACCAGCUUUCAGCUGUUGCAAAUAAGUAAUCCUGCAGGUGGGGACUUCUCAUUC